GAGGUAGGAGUUUGAAUGAGUGAGAGUAUGUUUGAGAGCUGAGGGUGCAGAAAGAGCUGUAAACAUUUUUAGCCCAGAGGCUGGACGGGAGGAAGGAUUUCCCUGACUUUGUUCCUUUUUCAAACUGUUUGUGUGCACUUGGAGCUGCACUCUGUCUUUCUCUGUGUAUGUAUAUGUGGGAGGUACAGGCAGGGGCUAUGCAAAGCAAGAGAAGUCGGAGGCAGGGGUAGGGGUGUACAAACCGUGGAAGAGAGAGAAAGAGGGAAACUACUCUGAAGGAAAGGAACCAUGCAAAUGGAUGCUAUCUUCUGCGGAGUCAGGUUACGCAAAAUGAGAAAUUACUCCAAGAGCACUUCAUCAGGGCUCACUCAGCUCAGAAAGGAUGCCAGCUGCUAGCACCAUGACUGGUGGGAGGGCCCUGCUGCUGUGUACAAACACUGAUAACUGUAUCUACCAAUCAGUCAACGGGCUUCAGUGCUGUGGCUUGAAGGUUGGGGAGGCUCCAUCGUCUGCAGUGCCCCAGCGCCAAGAGGUGUGCGGGUCACCAGGGGACACAGACAGGAGGGACGCCACUGUGUCCUACAAGCGUCCCCUCCCCCCCCUACUCAGCACAAGUGACAACCUGGGUCCUCUUGACACAAUGCUUGCUCACAGGAGAGCCAACACCACCACUGACCCUCGGACUCCCAGCAUGGAGAAUGGGCUGUGUGGCAAACUGAACCACAAGAAGAGUCCAGCGGGAGUCAAGACAGCCAGCAUCCGCGAUAAGAUCUCACAAUGGGAGGGAAAAAAGGAGCCUGGAGUAACUUCUACAGGGACAUGUCCAUUGAGUAUAACGCAGAAGGAAGUUGAGACGGUAAGGAAAAAGGAAUCCAAAGCUUCAGAGGUCCAAAGGACAGAUAGCAAGAGGUUUGUCAGCUGGGACAGACAAGACUCAGGGAAGGAGAAUGGUGGAAAGAUGGGGGAUCCAAGGCCUCAAUCUCCAGAAGGCCCAGCAAACAAGGAAAGAGAAGUGAUCCUAGAGAGGGGUUUUCGGGCUACCAAGCCAGCAGAACCACCCCAUGACAAGAAAAGUGUAUUAAUUCAUGUUAAGAAACUAGAGAAGGCAACAAAGGAGCUUCCUGACAGACCUUCACUGGCAUUUCCAGGGAAUUACUUUUGCCCUCCUUCAAAGGAGGAGCUGGAUGAAACAGAAAAGAAGGCCAACGAGCCCAUUUUUGGGACUUUUGAUGUGGCUCGGCCUAGCGGGUUGCGGAGGAGGAGGGAGGGGGAUCCAGAGAACGUGUACAGUGAGCCAGGUGCUCCGUCUAUAAACCCUCUACCUAAACCUCAGAGAACCUUCCAGCACCACACCCCCCCUACUACCCCAGCUUUAGGGCUUAGCUUGUUGAAAGGAAGGAGGAACUUGCCCCCUUUGCCCUCCAUUCCUCCUCCACCUUUACCCACAUGCCCACCACCUGGGGUUUGCAGGAGACCCUGGGCUGACAAACCCCGGGACAGCAGUAACAGGAAGUCCUAUGAAUUUGAAGAUCUCCUCCAGUCGUCUACAGAAAGCUGCAGGGUGGACUGGUACGCUCAGUCCAGACUGGGCUUAACACGCACUUUAUCAGAAGAGAAUGUCUACGAGGACAUAAUAGAUCCUCCAUCCAAGGAGAACCCAUAUGAAGAUAUAGAGCUUGAGAGAAGUUGUUUGGGAAGCAAAUGUGUUUCACCUGCCUCCUCAUCUCCUGUCCCUGAUACGCCAACUAAGCUCUGCUCCAAGCCCGGCUUCUUCCGACAAAACUCGGAACGACGAAGCUUCAAGCUCCUUGAACUACGCAAGACCAGCAGGGACACUGGCAUCUCCUCUCCCUCCCGUAUCAGCCCCCCCUCCACACCCAGCAGCCCUGACGACACCCCCUGCCUCUCUGGAGACCCAUACAAUCGCAGACGGAGGAAAAUCCCCAAGAUGGUGCUGAAAAUCAAUGGCAUCUUCGAGGCGCGGAGAGGGAAGAAACGUAUGAAGAGGGUGUCUCAGUCUACAGAGUCCAGCUCAGGGAGAGAUGAGAACAGUGAGUCGGAAAGUGACACGGAGGAGAAAUUGAAAGCUCACAGCCAGCGACUGGUGUCAGUCCAGUCCAUGCUGAGGCAGACAGGACGGUACCGGACCAUGGAGAGGGAUCUGAUGGAUUUGCAGGAGAGGAAACUCUUUGAGUAUUUCAUUGUUGUUGCACUCCACAAGACCAAAGCUGGAGUCCCGUACCUGCCAGAAGUCACACAGCAGUUCCCUCUCAAGCUUGAGAGGAGCUUUAAGUUCAUGCGAGAGGCUGAGGACCAGCUGAAAGUCAUCCCUCAGUUCUGUUUCCCAGACGCCAAAGACUGGGCGCCUGUCGACAACUUCCCCAGUGAGACUUUCUCAUUUGUCCUGACUGGUGAGGAUGGAAGCAGGCGGUUUGGCUACUGUCGGCGAUUACUGCCCAGUGGUAAAGGCCGCAGGCUCCCCGAGGUCUACUGCAUCAUCAGCCGCCUGGGCUGCUUCGACCUCUUUUCCAAGAUCCUCGAUGAAGUGGAAAAGAGGAGGGCUAUAUCCCCUGCUCUGGUGCAGCCUUUUAUGAGAGGUAUAAUGGAAGCUCCCUUCCCUGCUCCAGGAAGGACCAUCACUGUCAAAAACUUCCUACCUGGCUCUGGGACAGAGGUGAUAGAGCUGUGUAGGCCGUCAGAUUCUCGUCUGGAACAUGUGGACUUUGAAUGUCUCUUCUCCUCCUUGAGUCUACGUCUCCUUCUCCGAGUGUUUGCCUCUCUACUUCUAGAGCGCAGGGUCAUCUUCACUGCCGACAAACUCAGCACUUUGUCUCAGUGUUGUCAUGCAGUGGUGGCCCUGCUCUACCCUUUCACCUGGCAGCAUACGUACAUCCCCGUGCUCCCACCAUCUAUGUUGGAUAUUGUCUGCACCCCUACCCCCUUUAUAGUCGGCCUGCUCUCCAGCUCUCUGCCUCGACUUAAAGAGCUGCCCAUAGAGGAGGUCCUGGUCGUCGACCUCUGCAACAGUCGCUUCCUACGACAGCUGGAUGAUGAGGACUCCAUUCUUCCCCACAAGCUACAGGCAGCUCUCGAGCAUGUGCUGGACAAGAGGAGGGAGCUGGCCUGUGAGAAAGGAGAUCUGCCCAAUGACUCCAGCUCCCUCAGCACGGUGGUGUCGGAGGCUUUUGUGCGUUUCUUCGUGGAGAUGGUGGGUCACUACUCCCUCUUCAUGGGUGGAGCAGAGCGAGAGGAUGAGUGUGUCUCCUCCUCCACCAUGCCCUGUCCCAAUUCUUCCUCCUCCUCAUCCUUUCAGCGUGAGGCCUUUCGCAAAGCAGUCACUUCCAAGAGUUUGAGGAGAUUCUUGGAGGUGUUCAUGGAGACCCAGAUGUUCACCGGCUUCAUCCAGGAGAGGGAUCUGCGCAGGCAGGUCCUAGGUCUAUUUGAGGUGAGAGCACAAGAGUAUCUGGACUCGCUACCUGGGAGCGAGCAGCGAGGAGUCAACAAAUUCCUCAAGGGUCUAGGAAACAAGAUGAAAUUCCUUUCCAAGAAAUGAUGUUUGGAGUAAGGAUGUCAUCUGUGAAAGUAUGAAAAAGCAAGAUGAGGUGUGCAGUUAAAAAGGAGCAAGACGCACAGAAUGUAGAAAUGGAGAUGUGUCAAGGAAGACUCUUGAAGUGAACUGGACUCAUAGUUUGUGAACGUGAGGGAAUCUGGGGAAAGUUAGGGCUAACAGUGUUUCAUUAGACUUUUCCCCAGGUUUUGAUGUUUUACUGAUUACAGUCAAUCCCUGCAGUGUAUUACUGUAUAGCACAGCACAGUGUAAAUGUUUUUCAGAACAGUGUUCUCCCUUUUCUGGUUACUGACUUCACCUAUAAACCUGAGGGAGCGUCACUGACAGCCCCAUUUUGUACUAUAGUUUCCUAAACAUUCCAAGUAUUUUCUAUAGAAGCUUUUAUAAAUACAAAUAGUACAACUUCUUCGUCAACAGGAGGCUUUUAAGUUAAUUUAUAUUCUUUUUAGACAAACCUAAUCCUUUUUUUUUAAUUUUCCUUCGAAUGAGUGCAAAGAAAUCUCCUGUAGUUUGUAAUAGGCUUUAUUUAACAGAGUCUAGUCCAGACUGUUUAUAGACCACUUUGGGUUGUUGGGUAAAUGUGCCACUGUAUUAAGUAAGUUAACUUUUAUUGAAAAAGGAAUGAACACCAACAAAAACAAAAAACAAUGUGAAUACAUCUCUCACUUAUGUUUGAGUAUAUGGUUUGGAUAGACUCAAUUCUGAAGGAAGUUGUGUAUUGUAGGCCAAUUGGUAUCAAUGUGAUUCACAAAAGCAAUUAGGUUUGCCUUAACCUUGAUUGAGAAUGCAAUUGAACUUUAUAAAUAAAGGAAUUUGAAUUUUUUAAUUACA